AUGUCAGAAGCUGUUGAAUAUCCAUCGGUACAACUGCCAAAAGGCCUGGAAAUUGUAAGUAAACUAUGAGAGCUGUUAUUAACGUAUUUUACGAUAUAAAUUUCUAAUUUUCCGCUGUAAACUUUAGAAAUUUUAAAAUCUAUCAGAUCACUUGGUCUAAACUAAUAUGAUUUCGUUCAGGUUGACGCAGAUGAAUACCUCAAGGACAAAACAAUGAUCACAGUAGUGAUGAAAGGAGAAGAUCAUACUAUUUCGAAUUUGCUAAAACAUGUAAUUGGCCCAAUGUAAGUUUUUUUGUUAUUUUUGUUCUUGGUUUAGGUGCCUGACGAAAAAUUGAUGUUGCACGAUGAAUUUCUGUCCUUAUGUGUUGAAAUUAGCAUCAAUAGAUACAGUAAAACGUGCUUUAUCUUUUAAGUGGAAAAUAUAAAGUUUCGAGCGAGUUUUGGGAACCUUUUUUUGUUUGGGAGAUUAGAUGUGUACUGCAACAUCGGAAAAUAGUGAUUUUCAGCUUCAAUUUCAUGAAACGUUGAUUUAAAAGUUACUUCCUAAUAGGUUUACUCAAAAAUUUACGUAUUUUACAACUAUUUAGGGACGGAGUGGAAUUUGUCGGAGCUGGUGAGACACAUCCAUUGGAAGAUCGGAUUGUUGUUCGAGUGCAAACAAAACCAGGAGUAGAUGCAGCCGAAGUUUUAGCACAAGGUUUCCAGCUUACCGAGCAGCUAUUCGCCGGGAUUGAGGAGAAAAUUGACAAAGCUUGCGAGGAAUUUGAUUCGAAGUGA